UUUGAAGCGGGGGAAGAGGCGCGGCGGCGGGAACGGUCGGUAUCGGUCUGUGUGGGGCCGAGGGAGCCGUCCUUUCCUCGGUACCAAACACGAUACGAGUCUGUAGCAAUCCGUCUGAGGACAACACUAAGUAAGGUUUAUGGCUCCAACUCCUGGAUCAAACAGAUUUCGGGAAGUAGGUGGCACUCCAUGCCAUGGAUACAAGAAUCUCCGUACAGGAAUAAAAAUAGAAUCUCAACAGCUCUUUGCAAACAGAAGGAAAAACAUGGGAUCUCCUGAUGAAAAAGGGAAAAUCUCUUUUACUCCACGACAUCGAUUGGUAACACCCUUAAUUUCAAACACACUUGAUCAUCUUAUCUCCAGUAUUGAAAACAGCCACAAAAAGUCAGAAAGACCAGUCAGCCCAAAUCUUGCAAUGCUUAGAAUGACUCCAGGUCUUCAGCAGAAACAAAAGCUUUUACAGGAAAAACAUCUAAAGGCAAAAUCCUCAGUAGACAAGAUUCCUAUAGGUGGUGGCAUUAGUUUAUGGCCAGAAAUGGACAAUAUGAGACUUACUAGAGGAGAAGUAAUUGGUCUUGCAAUAACAUCUUUUCUGUUAAGUGCUGCUGUUUUCGUCAUGUUUGAAUACCUGCAUGGCCCGUCACUUUUGCAUUUAAAUCUCUAUAGUGGGAGAGUGAGAGCAUUCCACAGGGACCAUCCUCUUUCAAGCAGCUCUGAACUAGCCCUCAACCAAUCACUCAUAAGGUGGCACAAAGAUUUCUGGAAGUUAUUGGAAAAGAUUCAAUGGCAAUUUGAAGCGCCCUUUCAUGUGACCUUCAUUCUGUAUGUAUUGCUAUACAUUGCUGGGAUAAUGAUACUGCUUUACUACCUCGUAGAUAACAUGAUUCAGAAAAGCAGACUCACUCCAAAGAGAACAAAAAACUGGUUGGUUCUGCUGGUGGUUGCUGCAUCAUGGACCUUGCUAAUGAUGAAGCUGCUGAUUGCUGCUCACAAUCUUGAACAUGCAAUUGAAGAAACAGUGUACAGAUUAAAAGAAGAACUGGCGGAGCUAGCGGUUACAGGGCAUGAUCUUCGCUGCUUCCAUGACAUUGUUAGCUAUUGGCAAUUCCGAUGCCUUCCUCCAACAAAGCGGGGGAUUUUGAAAAUUUUUGGGCUAAUAAAAGUCCAUGAUGUCUCAUUUUACUUUCAGUAUUAUAGUCUGCCAGUGAUUACAGCGUUGUGCACACCAGUUAUUAAAUUAUUACUUGCACUGAAGGCUGUCUACACCAGGCCAUGUGGAAGCUAAAUGGACAGUUGCAAUUUUAAUUUUCUUUACAUAUCAGAUUGUUAGGACUACAUUUUAAGAAUUUUAUAUAACUAUUCUAAUGUUCAAUUUUAUAAUUUAAGUUAGUAGUUAUUAUUUUGAAAAUUAGAAUAAUGUUGAUAAUCUUUAACUGAAUCUAGAAUACAUACUUAUAAUCUUGUUGUCUGCUCUGUAUAACUGAUUUGUUUAUGAGAUGAUCUUUCUCAAGGAUUAGUGUUUUGGUGCAUUUUGUCAGUGCACUUGUUGAAAUGUAAGAACUGUUCUUUUAAAUUAUCGUGAUUUUUAAAAAAUGAUUUUAAUAGUUAAGUAGAUAUAAUCGUGGCUUGCACCUUAAAUAAGAUAAAGAAUGGAUCAUUCAGUUGGAUUGUGGCUUAGCCAUACCUCAAUUUCCCCCAACCUGCAAACAUGCCUCUGACCCAUGUCAAAUAGUACAUCCUCGAAUUUACCAUGUGAAGCACCAAUGGGGCUGAUAAUGUGGCUAUUACUCUAUGUACUAAAACUCAUUAAGGCUUGAAACUUAUUUAAAUUACAGCUGCUCCUACAGUCAAAGUCUAGAGCCACCCUUGGAUUUCAGGUCACAUGAUGAGAAAUGUGUAAUCUGCUCAAAUCUCCAGGUCUACACAGAGAAAUCGGAGGCAUCCUGGUUACGUAUCCAUUAUGGAUCUGCUGUCCAUAAACACACAUCUCCCAGUCCAACCUGCCCAUUGCUACAACCAAACUGAUUUUCACAGUACUCAAAAAGUAAAGGAAACUACAGAUGCUGGAAAUCCUCGACUUAAAAACUGAAUCCUGGAAAUGCACAGCUGGC